AUGAUGAUGGAAGCAAAAUGUGAAGAACUUGAAUCAUCCUGCGCUGCAGCCAAGGAAGAAAUGGAUGAGUUAAAACGAUUUCAUGAACAAGCAAUGUUAAAUAGCGGCACAACGCCACAGAAAGAAGCGAAAGAAGUCGAAGCGUUAAAAUCGGAGCGCGAUGAAGCGCUGAGCGAAGUGCAGACGCUGAAGAUGGAAAAAGAAUUCCUGAUGCAACAGCUUAAAAUGUUGAAAAUUACCGUGGAAGAGCAAGAUCCAGAGCCGCCGAAGCCAACUUGA